UCGCGAGCCCCCGGCGCUAUUUAAGCCGCGGGGCGGCCAUUUCGCGCCCUUUGCGGCGGAGCGGCGGCGGAGCGGGAGGGCUCUGCACGCUGUGCCAGCUGUCCAGGACGGAGCUGCAGGAGAGGCCUCAAAGGAUGCUGAACUGCGAUCUGGCAAACUGAAACAUGACUGAUCUAGAUGAGCCCCAGGCUUCUGGCUCUGAUUACCAUGGUGCCCAAGAGCUGAUACACUGUCAUGAGGACCCGUCUAAGGAGUAUGCAUGGCAGACAGAUACAAGAAAGGAGUGUUCACAGUCAAGGCAAAAGAAUGCUGCUCCUGGGGAAUCUUCAGAUCGACUUAAUAGUAUCUGUGAAUCGCCAGCUGCUUCAACUGAGGUUUUACUUAUCAGCAGCGAUUCCGAAAUUGAUGUCCCUGUUGCUCAUGGCAACGAGUGCCGUCCUGGGUGCUCCAUUGCACCUUCAGAGCCAAAAAGGAGGUGUCAGUCAUCAAGGCAACAAGCUGAAUCUGUUGCAGAAGUGACCGACAAUGAAAGCUCGUCAGAUUCUUCACUGUCUCCCCAAAGUCCAGUGAAAUCAUCCGAAGUUCCCAAGCAGCAGAAAUCAAAACUCAAUUUGAAAGCCAUUUUUGCCUAUCACUUCAGGGGAAAGAAGUUUAAAGCAGCUGCGCACCGAAAAUUCAAAGCUGGCUCAGGCAAAAAAAGGAAGAAGAAAAAGUAUGAGGGCACAAGGAUGCCCACAGGGAGGCCACCACUGACAGCCUCACCUCAGGAGCAAAAGAGGAGGCUGCUGGACAGAGGUUUUCAGUUCCCUUUUAUCGAAAAACAUUAUGGGGAGAAACAUAUUCCCUUAAAGAUGGUUCUUGGCUAUGAGCAAGCAGCUGCAAAGGGAUAUUUCAAGUACAUUGAAGUGCUUAAAUAUGAAGAACAUCUUAAAAAAGCUUUAAAAGCCCUUCAGGCUAGUGAAGACUUAGAAAAAGAAUGUGUGGUGGUACGGAAACACAAAUACCUAGAUGACGAAGGCCCCAUUUCCCCUAUUCAGGAAACAAAUGAUGAUGAGGACGGCUUGAAUUCUCAUAAUCAAGAGCAAUAUGAUGCCAGAGUAGUGGAGAACAGCUCUUUCAUUAUAAGCAGCACAAUUCCCAGUAAGAAAAAAUCAAAGCCAGAAACAAAACGUGCAAAAUCAACUGAAGUGAUUGAAAUAGAGGAUGAUGAAGACAGUGCUGGGGAGAACUCUGUGCCUGUGCAAGGUUCACCUCUGUGAACAACAGAUGGACAAAUGAGGUGUCAGUGGUCAUUUUUCAUGGCCUGCUUCCUUUAAAGCAUUGGUCUGAAGUCAAUGUCGAGCUAUCCACCAAGCUACCCAGUCACAUCUGGUGUACUUUUGUCGCAUUUGACAUUUUUGAAGAUGAAAUACUACUCAGUUUUCUUGCUGCACAAGAUGAGAACACCAAUGAUGCAGCAGUGAGCAGAUUUAAUUUUUUGGGAAGCAUUUAUUAUGGACUGUUUGCUGGCCCACUGAUUCACAACUCUGUCAGUUCAGUGUAUUUCUGUGCAACGUGGUAGUGAGUGAAAGAGGGGCCUUCCUGUGAUGUCUGGAACACAGUGAAAAGCCUCUGCUUAAGUGAAGUCCAUGUGAUAGUCCAGUCUGAACUACCAUCUUGGUGGCUUGUAUUUAGAGAAAAAAUAAAGAAGAAAUGCAGGAUGCCAUUUCACAGAAGUCUCAAGCUCUGUCUAGGGUAACUAACUUUUAGUGUUAAAACUGUUGCUAAUAUGAAGGAGUUACUUCACCUUCUCCAGAUGCCAGCUGUUGAAAUCAUUUACCCUUCUCCUUCCCCAGAAUACCUUGAAACAACUUCUAAAAGCGGGAUAUAUCCCAGGUGUACUGUGACAUGCUUUGAUACAAAUGAAAAAAGUGAUUCAAGUGGAAAAGCUUGGUGCUUUAGGAUACUGAACAAAGGGAACCUUCCUGUGUUAAAUGGAUGAGCUGGGGAAGAUGAAAGCAACCUGUUUAUGGGUAAGCACUGAGUUACUAGUCUCACACUAUGCAGUUUGUGUGUCAAGUUGGUAUGAUUCUAGAAUAUUCAGAGUUCAGUAAACUGUUUUAAAAAGAAGUAUAGAAAUGGUCGUACAGUAGCAGAGAUUACUGGGUCGUGAUCACUCCAGAUUUUGGCAGUAUCUGGCCAGGUCACUUGUCUAUGAGUUGUUCUUGUGUGUGUGUAUAGUGGCUGUCACAGUUGUGCAGUGGUUUGUACUACUAAUGUCUUAGACUGCUGUUGGUUGUGAGGAACCAAUCUCCUGUUUACAUUGAAAUUUUAACAGAUUUUAGGCUUAUUGGUACACAACUUGGCUGUAAUGUUGGCAGCAUGGAUUGGUCCUUCACUGGAAAGGAUGGGCAGCUUGAUUACUGAGUGAAGUCACAGUAAGGGCAGCGAGAGGAGUGUCUGGUCAUUACCAAGGCUGCUGGGAUGUUACUGUUUCUGGUGAGCUGUGGACAUGACCGUAAAGCAAGUCCAUCAGGCUCUUGUAUUGCCACACAAUGUGGCACCGAGUCUGCUGGGAAUAAAGCUUCACUGUAGGUCAUGGAAUGGACACAACGCUCCCUUUGCUGCUGAGGUGUAGUUCUUGUUGAAACUUUUGUAGAUUAGGCUCCAGAGCUGCUAUUGAGAAAGUGGUGCUUUUGAACAGAAGCAAAAAAGGGAGACAAAGGCUGCUCCAUGCAAUUUACAUCCAACUUGUGUGUUGUUAACUCUUCCCUUACACUAACCAAACCUGACUGUUUAACUCCCAGUGUCUGCUACCAAGUUGCUGCAUGUCAAAGGGAUGAGAAACUCCACCUGGGUGCUGCCAAAGCCAGUGUGAAGGCUCGGGUGGUACUGCUGAAAGUCUGUUGCAGUGAGCUACACAGCUCUUCCAAAUGGAGAAAGAUCUUACCUAGAGUGUUUAUUGCAGUUACUUGGCAUUAAAAGUAGCACAUAUUGUGACUUGCCUCUUGCCCCCCUGGGAGAUGUGUGUUAGACAAGACCCAGCUGAGUAUAGUGUGUUGUAAUUUGACUGAAAAUGGCUUAAUCAGGUGUUUUCCUGUUUUCCCUAACUAACUUCCCUGUCACUGAAUUCACACUGUACUGAAGCCCUGGAUAAGUAUUUAUUCUGUAUCGAAUGUCACAGCAUUUAAAUAAAAACUGUCUCUGUGGGAUUAUUUCCUGUUGCUACACUGAGGCUUUCAAAGAAGGGUGAGAAAAUCAUUGCAGCUCAUCUCCUGGGCCUUGGUCUCUUCCCUUCUGAUCAUGUUCUGAAAAAGGAAAACUGCACCAGACUCAAAUCAGUGAAAGCACCUGUAAAGUGUAGUUAAUCUAGAUUUAAUUUAGAUGUAUUCAUCUAAAACUGAGCUCAGAUUUCUGGUGGAACAAGUCCAGAGGAGUCCAUAAAAGUCACAGGAUUGGAGCAUCUCUCCUGUUAAAACAGGCUCAGAGAAUUGGGCUUCAGCCUGAAGAAAGAAGGCUCCAGGGAGACCUUUAUAGCACCUUCAUCAUUGCCAGGGGAUUUGACUAGAUGACCUCUAAAUGUCCCAACCCCAGCUAUUUCAUGAUUUACUGAUAAAUUCUAACCCUGAUCGGAUUUAAUGAAACAUCUCUUCUGUUGCACCUGUUGAUAACCAAGUUCCAAAUUUUAAAGCUCAACUU